GCAGGAGUGUCAGUCAGACGAGAAAGGAGUGAAGAGCCAUCGGCGACGAGAAGAUGGCAAGAUGCGGCCGGAGUUUGAGAAAAGUCGCCGAGUGUGUCAAACAGUUACCCUCCACAGCAAGCAGGGACAUUCACAGCAGGAAUAACGUCAAGUAUCUGUCGUCAUGCGGGAUCCUGAUGACGCGACUGUCUCCGCUGCUGGGCUCGGUCAUGUCGGGGCGCAGCGCCGGCAUUGCGUUACCCGUGCGCACCUUCUUCAAUCUCGCCGAUUCCUUCUCCAAGAGGAAGGAGUAUUCUGAGAGACGCAUCAUAGGGUAUUCCAUGCAGGAGAUCUAUGACGUGGUGGCGGGCGUGGAAAACUACCGCCUCUUUGUUCCCUGGUGUAAAAAGUCAGACGUGGUCUUCAAGAGAUCUGGUUUCUGCAAGGCCAAGCUGAUGGUGGGCUUCCCUCCUGUGGUGGAGAACUACACCUCUCUAAUCACAACAGUACGCCCCCACCUGGUCAAGGCUUCCUGUUCAGAGGGGAAACUCUUCAACCACUUGGAGACGACUUGGCGUUUCAGCCCCGGUCUCCCUGGUUACCCUCGGACCUGUACUGUGGACUUUGCUAUCUCCUUCGAGUUCCGCUCCCUCAUCCACUCCCAGCUCGCUCACGUCUUCUUCGACGAGGUGGUGAAGCAGAUGGUCUCCGCGUUCGAGCGCCGCGCCUCCAAGGUGUACGGCGCCGAGACGCCCAUCCCCCGCGAGCUCAUGUUCCACGAGGUUCACCACACGUAGCGACGCCCGCGACGGACGCACGCUACAGAACACCACGCACGCCCCGACGACGCCAACGCCAGAGAGGAAAGCGAGGGAGGAGAGGAGGAAAGAAAAGUGCUAGACAGAAAGAAAGAAAGAAAGAAGAGACUUCCAGGUUUUCUCACUGAAACAAAACUGCAGUGCCUUUUUCUCACAGCGACGACCAAGUUCACAUCUGUGGACGUGGAUCCAGCUGUGAAUUUGACCCCUCCAUGCUCAACAUUUAAGUUCUUUUUUUAUCUUUUUUCUUUCUUUUCUCUUCAUCAUCAGAACUCUGUGACGCCGAGGUCACAGGUCACGAGGAGAAACCGUGGCUCGUACGUCCGUCAUCACAUCUGUAAACAUCAGUGUUUGUGGAGAGAAUAACGUCAGAGAGUGCAGAGGUCAGUCACAGGGACGGGACGCACACACGCACACACACACGCCGUCGCAGGAGUUGAGAUAAUAUUCAAGCGACACCAGCCGGCCUCUUUGUUUCUGUUGAAUUUAAACAAACAACUCAAACUGUGCUGAGUUAAAUGUCUAAAACACGAGUUGGACGAUAAACGCAAAAAAUAUACUGGACAGGAGGAUGUUUUUUAGGUUUAAUUUUCAUAGAUGCUCACACGCAGGUGCAACUCUGUUUGCUUUACACAUAAUUUAGACUAAAACAGAGAAUAAAUGUAUUAAAAGAACGCACAAUGCAAGCGAAAAAGUAUGUUUUAAAGAGGUGAGGUUUGUGGGUUCAGGGGUCAAACUGACCUCUGACACCUCAACAAAUAACUCCACUGUUGUUGAGUUAAAUGUAAAGAGAGAGAGAGAAAGUAAACAAAAAAGGCUCCGACUAAAAUGGAGAAUAAAAAAGUAUUAAAAGAACGUACAAUGCAAGCAAACAUUUAAGUUUAAAGAGGACAAACUCAUUUUAACAAUGAUAUUUUUAUAGCGCUUUUCAGGACACUCAAAGACACUUUAACAAGAAAACCUCCAGAACUCCAGAAAUGCCAGUCUGUAGUGAAAUUUAUUGAGGUCGUCAAGGUUCUCAGUCUGGGGUCGGGUCUACUCUAGGGGGCGACGUCGUCCUCCUGUGUGUUCACACUGAAACACACUGAAAAAAGCAUAAUAUGUCCCUUUUAAGUCCUUGAGGUCCCAGCUGAACGCUGCUUCACCAUAUUUGGUUUGGUUUAUAUUCUUUUAUUACGUCAUUAAUGGAUCCUGGACCUAAACCAUGGGAUCAGGACACGUGGACGUCAGAGCGCGAGCAGCUUCUUAUUUACAUAUUUACACCGUCCAACGUCUAAGAUCUCAUUCCACAAAUGUUCCUCAGAAACAACCCUCUCAUCUUCCUCUUCAGUUAGAGUCAGACCGUCCAUCCUGCCGUUAUCCCUCUGUGUCAGGAGGACAGAUUAAGGAUUAAAGUGAGGGUAACUUUCCCACUGAUGAUGAUGUGAUGACUGUCAGACCAGGGUCCAACAACAACAACAACAACAACAACAACAAUGACGACGACAAGUGUCAAAAACCUCUGUGUUUGUCUGCGAUGACGUGAACCUGAAGACUUGGUCGACUUCAAGAAGCUAAAAUGCUCCACAAAAAAUGUAACUAAAAAAAUACUUAUUAGCUAUAUAUUAGCUCCAAGAAGAAGCUAAAAUAACAGUGAUUUUGGUCCAAAAAAGUGUCCACAGACCAAAAUUGAUUCAGUUUUUCUGAUUUCUUUGUUAAAUGAAGCAAAGAAACCAGGAAAUAUUCACAAUUAAGAAGCUGAAAAACAAAUAAUCAAAUGAUCAGAAAUGAUUGAAAUCUAAUAAAUGACUUAAAACUGGAAUUUCACCUCAAAAUACAUUCAACUCCCAUAACGGCAGGAGUGAUCCUUUCAAAAUAAAAUACCAGACGAUUAGCUUUCUGCGACAACGUGUCGCGUUUUUUGUCAUCGUAAACACGAAAACAAAGAAACCCACAAAGUCGCCCAAGUCUUGUACGUUGAAAACGUCGCAGACGAACAAACAAACCUGCUGUGAAUCAAAGAUUAAAGGCCAGAGGCAGGUUCAUUAAACACUCACUAUGUUUUUCACGCACAGUUCGCUCGAUGCUAACAUCACAUGUGGCCACACGUGGCCCAUAAGCCGUGGGUUUGAAACCUCUUGACUCUGUCCAUUGAUGUAAAAAAUAAUUAAAUUUAAUCACGUGUUCGUCCG